AUGACUACCAACAAUGAUGAGCCCAGCCUCAUCAAGCUGCCUGAGGAAAUCCUCCUCCAAAUCUUGGAUCUUGCCAUUCCGGUCCAACAUCUCUGCGUCCAGCGCUUGACCGAUCGUAUGCCAACCAGCCCUGACUCCCCCUCGGGGAUUCCAGGUGUUUUCCUACUCACCAAGUCCAUCUAUGAACGGGCCGUCCCCAUCUUCUAUUCUAGAGCAGUUCUCAACACGGCCCCGCUACGUCCUCCCCCAUAUUUAUUCAAUACACUUAGUGGCCCGAGCCUGAGGCUCAAUCUUCGGACCGGCUUAGACGUUCUAUUUGCAUCGUGUAACCCGCAUCAUCUAGCCCGCAUUGCCGCUGUCAACAUUUACAGCAGCCAACACGACGCCAUUAAUGCCGAAGCCUACGAGGCUCUUCUCGGCUGGCUGGUGGAUAACACCGGGGUUAAGCAGAUUAAUUUAUCCAAUCGGCUGAUGACCAGGCUGCGGAGAGGUAGGACCGAUCUGAAUGCGGUAUUCAAUCUAGCCACCGCCACCCCUCCGCCCACUCUCACAAGGACUAUAUAUAUUUAUUCAACACAUCCACGCACCCCCUGGGAGUCGCUUCGGAUGGCCGAGCUCCAACGAGCUCUGAAGGAUCGCCAUCUGCCGACACUCCAGUCUCUCAUCUUCGAAAAUCGUAGUGGAAAUGACCCUUUCCUAGAUCCGAGAUGGGAUGUCCGAAAGAGCGAUGAUGACCAAAAACUACUGAAGGUGGACAAGGUGGCCUUCUUCCUAGACGAUUUGAUCGCUGCCGACCCAAUGUGUUCCACACGAUCUGCUUCUGCGAGCAGAUGCUUAUACCACGUCCUAUUCGUUGUGGAGCCGUCUCUCAGGGUCCCGGGUUAG